GACUAACAUUAUGACACUUGCAGAACUACGUUGGUGAAUGUUUUCCAAGAAGAAGAUAAACUGAGAAAAAUUGUCAUUGAUGAGGGGCACUAUUUAUACUUGGUGUCAUGAGGGCAAAUUAUCAAGCAAUGGAAUGUUCUCUGGAAUGAUCGACCAUAUCCAGAACUACCCUCCCCUAUUGGGCAUGGUUGGGUCUUGGAGAAUGAACUGAUCACACCAGUUGUGUGAAAUACCAUGUGGUCCCAGUCAGUACUUCAGCUAAUCAAAUGCUCAUGUGCAAAGACCAGAUGCUUACCAUUCUGCAAAUGUUUGGCCAGUCGCCUGCCUUGCACAGACUAUAUGCAAGUGCAGCUCAGACAAGGAUCAGUUUGAGACUAUAUCUAGCAGUUUGAGACUAUAUCUAUAUCAUGGUGCCCUAGAUGACGAUGACAUUGAUGACUUUGAUAAAUAAAUGUUUUCAGUCCUACAUGUCAAGGCUAACUUCCCUAGAAUUGCAAAAGAUCAGUGUCUUUUUUUAUUGAGAGAUCUACCACCAAUUUGCCUUGAUGUUAGGCAAAAGCAGCGCAUCUCUAUAGAUACACUACCACCGGAACUGAAAGCUCCAGUCCCACCAGAACCUUCCCUUCCCAUCCGAACCAAAACUAUGAAAGACUUCCAGGAGGAUAUGGAAAAAGCUAAGUCAUCAGGAGAUUGGAAAGCUGUACAUGAUUUUUAUUUAACAACAUUUGAUUCUUUCCUGGAGCUAAAUGCUGCUUUUAAGAAAGAUGUCAGUCUCCCUUUCAGUACCAUUGAAGACUCUGGAAUCAAUGCUAAAUUUGUGAAUGCUGUCUAUGAUGCCUUACUAAAUACUCCUCAAGAUAUUCAGAAGUCUGUCCUAAAAGGAAUAAUUAAUGGUCUGUUACAGGAGUGGAAAGGGCCACGAACAAAAGAUGAUCUUCGAGCAUACUGUAUACUUUUACAGAAUCCUCAGUUUAGUAACACAUCUACUUAUGUCAUCUAUGCUCACUUGCUAAGACAGAUAGCAACCUUGGCAGAAGCUGACCAUCAUUUCCUAGCUCACUGGUUUAAAAAGAUUUCACAGAGGAGGUUUAAGCAGUUAGUAGACAGGUUGCUGCAAUUUAUUUCUUUACGUCUGUUCCCUGCAAAACCUGAAGAAUUCCCACCCAUGAUAAAAUGUACUUGGUGGAUUCCAUCAGCAACCAAAGUCUUAUCUUUAUUCAGUGCUGCAAAUAGCCUGGCUAAUCCUGCUAUUAUUCCAUAUACGGAUUUUUAUAAUUCUACGUUGGAUCAUAUUGAUCUCAUGGAAGAGUAUCAUAACUGGCAGUGUUAUGGAAACUCUCACAGGUUUUCUUUCUGUCAGUAUCCAUUCAUUAUUUCUAUAGCAGCAAAAAAAGUUAUUAUUCAAAGGGACUCAGAACAACAGAUGAUAAGCAUGGCACGGCAAAGCCUAGUGGACAAAGUCUCUCGCAGGCAGAGACCUGACAUGAAUAUGUUGUUCCUGAACUUGAAAGUGAGAAGGAUGCACCUUGUUAGUGAUUCACUUGAUGAGCUGACACGGAAGAGGGCAGAUUUGAAAAAAAAGUUGAAAGUUACAUUUGUAGGGGAGGCUGGUCUUGAUAUGGGUGGCUUGACAAAAGAAUGGUUUCUUCUCCUUAUUCGCCAGAUUUUUCACCCAGACUAUGGUAUGUUUACAUAUCACAAGGAUUCACACUGCCACUGGUUUAGCAUCUAUAAAUGUGAUGAUUACUCUGAAUUCCGAUUGGUUGGAGCUCUUAUGGGACUUGCCGUGUAUAACAGUAUCACCUUGGAUAUUCGCUUCCCACCUUGCUGUUACAAGAAACUUUUGAGUCCUCCCAUUGUUCCCUGUGAUCAGAACACACCUGUAGGCAUCAGUGGUGUUUCAUUAGAUGACCUGUGUCAUAUUAUGCCAGAGUUGGCCCAUGGACUAAGUGAGCUUCUAUCCUAUGAAGACAAUGUUGAAGAAGACUUUUAUUCAACCUUCCAGGUUUUUCAAGAAGAAUUUGGAGUCAUAAAAUCUUAUAACCUAAAGCCUGGUGGUGAUAAAAUUCCAGUUACGGCUCAGAAUCGGAAAGAAUAUGUGCAGCUUUAUGUUGACUUCAUUCUCAACAAAUCAAUCUACAAACAGUUUGCAGCUUUUUAUUAUGGAUUCCAUAGUGUCUGUGAUUCAUAUGCAUUGAUGCUACUUCGUCCAGAGGAAGUUGAAAUUCUUGUUUGUGGAAGCCCUGAACUGGAUAUGUAUGCUCUACAGAGAAACACCCAGUAUGACGGCUACCUGAAAACCGAUCUCACUAUACGAUACUUUUGGGAGGUAGUACUUGGAUUUCCUCUUGAUCUCCAAAAGAAGCUACUGCAUUUUACUACAGGAAGUGACAGAGUACCUGUGGGAGGGAUGGCUGAUUUGAAUUUCAAGAUUUCAAAGAGUGAAACAUCCACUAACUGGUUGCCUGUGGCCCACACCUGCUUCAACCAGCUUUGCCUCCCACCUUACAAGAGCAAAAAAGAACUGAAGCAGAAGCUGAUCAUUGGAAUUUCAAAUGCAGAAGGUUUUGGUCUAGAAUAAGAUGAAAGAUUUAAAAUACAGGAUUUUUUAUGUAGCACUCACUUUCCUCUUAUUGUGCCUUUAAGCUUUUCAUGUUUCUGUCUCUUGAUACUGUGCCAGUCUUAUCCAAUUGAAAACAUGAUUUUUUUAAUUAAAUGCAAAGUGCAUUUGUUUUUGCUGUAUGGCAAUACAUUUACUGCUUGUUUUUUCAGAAAGUAAUUUUAAUAAAAUACAGAAUGCUGCAUUACUUGACAGAAGAAAGCUGACAGAGGUGACAAAUUCCAGGUUACAGUUUUGUCUCUGAUUAUUCUUGGAGCACUUUAUAAUUAAUCAUAAUAUGCAUCAUGAUGCAUAUUCCACUGGGAAAGGAAACACAAAAGGUUUCUUGAUUAGGUAAGCCAAGUGGCAGAAUGUCUUUAAUUAAUACAUGCAGUAGCAAAGCAUAUAACUGCCAUUCAUGUGAGACAUGGGGCCAUAUUUUCAUAUUGAGACAUAAAGCAAUUUUAGCCUAGGUAAAAUGUAUACAGUUUUAAUGUUCUGGCUUUCGUUAUCAAAUAAUUAAGCAGGAUAUUUAAAAAGCAUGUAAAUAACUGCCUGUGGAAAAAUAGGAUUUUGAUAGUGCCAUUAAUUGCUAAAGAUUUAUUUUUACAAAUACACAGUUUUAGAUGUUAUAUAUUCAGCUUUUACAGAUCAACAGAAUUGAUUUGUACAGGAUUGUUAAAAGUACUAUUUUCAGUAUAACUGGACUCAAGGACAAACUUUAAGUAUUAAACAACCUGCAUGUUAAUUUUAUGAAGUUGGCAGCAAACUAGUCAGUUUGGCUGUAGAUAUUGUAGUUUUGUAACCAUGGCUUACUUAAAGAAAUUGGAUGUUGACAGGUAAAUUCUAAAUCUCUUUGAAUCACUUCAGACAUAAGUGAUAUCCACAUCACAUGGAAAAAUAUUAAAAUUUUAACUUGUGUAUCAUACUGUCAUUUGAUCAACAACUUUAUGAUAGAAAUCUUUUUCUAAAAGUUUAUUAGAGUAAGCUCUGACAAAAGUGAAUACAAGAACAUAUCAAAAUGCUGUAGCUUUCAUUUAACGUGAAGGUCAGUAUUUAGACAAUGUUUUGUUUUUUUCACUGCACACUAAUAAAGUAAAUGUAAAGAUAUUCUUGUCUAAAAAUCUUAGCAAAUUUGGAGCUGGGGAAGAAACUGAUUGUAAAAUGCAGGCAUAAUUACAAGUCCAUUUUUAUUCACAACCUGAGACAGUUAGCAGCAUACAGUAUAGUAUAUUGUAUUUUUUUACAUCAAGUAAUACCUACUGUAUGUUCUAUAGAUUUUGCAACAGAACUUAUUUGCAAUAACAAAAUAUACAGUAAUUUUUCUGAUACUUUUCUUAUUCUGGCUAUUUCUUCCUUUCUAUACUACUUACUUACAGCCAGCAGAUUUCUACAUUGGUUAAUAAACUAAUCUGGCUACUCUGUAACCUUAAUGCCAUUAAUCCUUUAGUAAAUAACUGCACAUUUCAUUCUGUUCUGAUCCUUAAAGAAGGUAGUGAUAUUUUACCAUUUUUAUUUUAUUAGGAAUAGAGAUUAGUGGUGGGAUUUUUGAAAGCAUUCAGUAUUGGCUUAACUCAGCUCCUCUUUAAGUCAGUGGUAAAAUAUCAUUGAUUUCAGUGGGAGCAUAUUUAGGCCAGUAAUUGAUGCUUUUAAAAAUACCACUCUAGAAUUAUAUUUUUAAUCUGAAAAUGUAAAGUGAAUCAGUUACACAAAUCACACUGCUUCAUCACUGUACUGCCUGAACUAAAAAAACAUUUAAAAUGGGUAAAAUAUUAAUAAGCACAAAAAUGUGAGUGUAUUUUAGAAGUCAGAAUUAUGUAUAUUUUUAUUAGGUAAACUGGAAACAAAAUUUUUGUUUCUAGAUGGGGUGAUUCAUGGAAAGUUGUCUUAUGCAUUUUUGUUUUUGAAUUAAUAGCUAUACAGUUUCUCAUAUAAAAAUGCACAUAAGUCAAUAUUUUUAUGACUCAAGCCCACAUUUAAUAAUAACUGAAGCAUUGUUUCUGCCUAUUAUUAAGAUAAAAGCUUUACAUUUUAAUCUUUUAUCACAAAAUUGCACUUUGCCUGGGUUUAGUUUUAAUUAUUAAAAGCUUUUUGGGUUUACUGUAUAAUAUUACCUCAAAAUUUUAAAAGCUAUUAUAUUUGCAUCCAUUUUUAAAUAAACUAGAGAACUGUCAUUGAAUUACAUUUUAUAUUUCCUGACAUUAAGUUAAAUAAUUGUAAUUUUUGUAUUUGCAUUGCACAGUAUUUAUGAAAUAAGCCUCUGAUCUCCUCAUUUAACAUUGUUUGCUCAACUACAUUUUGUUUUUUGUCUUGCAAUGUAAUCCAACGAAACCUUCCCCCCCUUUUUUCUCUCUACAUUUUUUUUGUACAUUACCUAAGGAAAUCUGGUUUGUAUACAUUUGUUCAUUACUGGGUAUCUAUUUUUAUGUAUUUAAAUUGUGCAGUCAUUAAAUCAAACACGUUUCAGUUUCUGAGUCUGACC